AUGAUGGACGAGAGCCUGCACAACAAGCUUGAGAGGCUUCUCUCCCUAAUGGAGGCUCAGUCCAGUGUCAAUUAUGAGAAGUAUGCUUCCCCCACCAGGCCCAAAUACUUCAAGCCCAGGGUGGACCUGUACAACCAGCCUAGGAUGGAUCCUUAUGGCCUGGAGCAAGAGGAUGAUGCUAGUGCAACAGGAGGUCCUGACCUCUUGCAAUCAAAGCCAAUUGCCACACCAUUUCCCAAGUUCAACCCCAGAGAUGUGGAGAUCUUCAUACUCGAAGCCAAAGCCUGGUUCAAGUUCAAUCAGGUCUAUGAGCAAGCAUGCAUGAUCAACCACAUGAGUGCUCAAUUGGAAGGGAAUGCUUGUGAAUGGUGGGCCUCCAAGCUCCAUAUCAACCAAGCACAAGAAGGGAGACUGUUCCAUGGCUGGCACUACUUUACUGAGUGCCUGGCAGAACAGUUCAAUCCUCAUAAUGCUAGAAUGGAGGCCUACAACAAGCUGUUGGCUCUCCGUCUCACUAGUGAUGCACCAGGUGCUGCUACCCACCAUGUCAAACACUUCAGAGACUUAGAAGGACAAGUCAAUCUAGUUGACAAUGAGCUAGUCAUGGAUCUGUUCCAAGGCAGCCUCACAUGCAGCCUGCAAGAGAAGUUUGAGAGGAACCCACCUGUGAAAAGGUGGGAGUGGUACCAAGAGGUCAAAGAGAACGACUGGCAGAGGAUGCUAUUACAGCAGAGCCCAGCCUAUGCCAGCUCAGAGUUCACUCCCAGCUCGCCAGCCGGCACAGGCCACUACAGGAAACCCUGGCUGGCCAACCAAUCGGCUUUUGCCCCAUCAGCUGGUUCAGAACCAAAGCCUGAAGGGCCCUCCAAUGGCCCAUACCAAUGCCUGCCACCUGUGUAA